ACGUCACGGACGCUCAGCUGACGCAGCAUCAUAACAACAACAUCCCGGCUGAGAGACCCGACACCGACAGCUGGAAAUCGGUCCACGGGGGCUGGGGGCUGGCCUGUCAGUGGGGGGAAGAGGGCUCAUAGGGGCAGGACUUUAUGCUGACGGGGUACCAGGGGUAUUUACAUACCGUGGCAUGGUAAUUGGAACAGGGAGCUACGGCGGAAGGUGCUGAUGGGAUAUGCUGACAUACUGCACAAGGGUAGGGGAAUAUACUGAGCAGUAAGACAGAGGAUAUAGUCGCCAUUAGGGUACUGUUAGUAGGGCUAUUUUGGUGAGGGCAUACAUUGGCAGGGCAGGCGGGGGGCAUACAUUGGCAGGACAGAGAGUUGUUAGGGGGAUGUGCUGAAAGGCAGGCAUGCAUUAUGUGAUAUACCAACAGAUCAGGCUAUAUACUGCCAUAUCAGGAAAGGGGCAGCAGGUACUGUGUAUUAGCAGGAGAUUCGGUAACUGGUCUUCAGAGGCGCAGGGUGAAGAGAGUUGACACAUCAGACAAGUAUUGGGUACAAGAUUUAUAUUGAAAGUUCAUGUUAGGAUAUCUGGUGGGGGCAAAACAUUUAUUGAACAAGAUUGUUGAAUAUCUUUAAAUUAGUGUUGGGGUUUUUAAUCAGACAGCAAGAAUGGUCAAUAUACUGUAGCUUUAUGGAUUGGACUUCUGUGAUCAGUAUGACAAACUAGAAACAUUAACUCUAUUGACAGCUGAGAAGUUGGUGAUGAUAGAAAGUAUAAAAAUAUAAAGAUUGGUCUGGUGGUUUUAAGAAACAAAAUGGUGAAGAUAGGGCUCCCAUGUGAAAUCCUUUGUAGGAGAUAAUCGGUGUAAAACCUCUUUGGACUAAAAGUCGUCUAAGGUUCAAAGUAACGUUAGUAUAAUAAUAUGGAUCCUGAGUGAGGGAGAUGGUAGACCAAUAAUUUUGGUGAUAAGUGACAUUAAGUACAAGUUACGUAUUUAGGCUUGUGGAGCAGUUGAGAGGGCGAGCUUCAGGGGAAUGUUGUGGAGAGACUCGGGAGGAAACUUGCUGUAUCUGAUUCCUGUUUAUUUGAGCUUUGGAGUAAGAGAAAGUGCUAAACAAGGCCUGACCACAUGUCUGGCCAGGCCAUGACAUGCAAUCCUUCGGAUUCUGGGGAAAGCAAGAUGCAUAAAGAGGAUAUUGCUCCUUGGCCAUCAGGAGAUCCAUCCCAAGGUGAAGAAAGAAGUGGACGAGUUCUUGGAGCCUCAGAGGAGGACAUGCAAUUCCUAGAGGCUAGUCUGUACAGUAAACUAAGUGAAUGGGGACCUUUGCUUACUGCAGCACAGCGACUUUUGGUAUGGGAGAGACCGCUCCCUAGCCUACUGACAGCAGCGGCUCUGCAUGGGGCAUUUUGGUUGUUCUCGUAUCUAUCCCUGAGGCCUCUAUUCUUGGUCAGCUUCCUUCUACUGUGUCUACUAGGUGUGAAACACUGGAAGUCCUGGUUGCUUCUUCACUGUAAAGCUCAGCCCCAGGGGGAUUUAUCCAAUGACAGUGAAAACCUGGCGUCUGUAGGAGGAACAAGUCAGCAUCGCUUGCUGAGUGUCCCGGAGCUGUGUCACUGUCUGGCUGAGACCUGGUUCACCUCUCGGCAGUACAUCCAGGAGCUGCUGCUUUACAAGAGGCAGAAUCCAGGAAAGUUCUGUUCAAUGGUUUGUUCGUGCUGUACAGUGCUGGCUGUUGUCGGACAUUAUGUUCCAGGCAUUAUGAUUUCCUACAUAAUACUGCUCAGUGUUCUUCUGUGGCCACUGGUUGUGUAUCGAGAACUGAUCCAGAAGAUGUACACUGCUCUAGAACCCAUUCUCAUGAAGUUAGAGUACAGCAUGAAGGGAGAACAUCUACCACGCUCACACAAGAAAAGACAAGCUAAGAAGGAGCCAGAAGAAGGAGAAGAACUGAUUGCAGAGACAGACAGUGAGAGUGAGAUUGAGCUAUCUGGGUUCUCUCCUGAGAUGGACGUGAGAAUAACAGCCUUGGCCCUGUCUAUCACAGACUCCGAGUUAUCAGAUGAGGAAGCCUCCAUCCUGGAAAGUGGAGGAUUCUCAGUAUCCAGAGCAACUACACCACAAAUGAUGGAUGUCUCAGAAGAUUUGGAUCAGCCGAGUGCUGUAUCUGAAGACCCACUUCCUGCCACAGACCCUACUGAUGCACCAUUGCUGCUGGGGCAGCAUGCAGGUGGCGGGACACAUUUACCUGCUGCUGAGAUGCCACAUUUACCAACCCAGCCCCUAAACUUAAAUCCAGAAGAGCUGUUGCCUACACUGACUUCUCCACUCCACUUCGUCAACACACAUUUUAAUGGGAAAGGUCAGUUUACUGGACAGGAAAGUGGAAUCCAUGCACUUAGUGAGCGUAUGGUCAACAGAGCCAUUACCACAGCCCUGCAGAGUCCAGUAGUGCCCAAUGUCAGUCUGGGAGACUCAUCCGAGACACAAGAACCCGGGGGAGAUGGAGAGGACUUUGAGCUUCUGGAACAGGGAGAGCUGGAUUUGAUGCAAGAGGAGCUAGAAGAAGCAGAGAAGCAUUUAGCCUCCAGCACCUCUUCUCUACCAGCUUCUCCCCAGCUAGAGUCAGGAAAUACGGAUUCCCAGGCCUGAUGUUUGGGAGAAGGAAAGCUCAUCUCCUUUUACAUUUUCUGAUCAACUGCUCAAAAGUUUUUAUGCCAUUGUAGGUACUGCCUUCUGUAGCAGGAAAGCAGUAUGUCACAUCAGGCAUUGGCUAAAGCACAGAGCAUCGCCAACCUUCUCAACUGAGGAAGGAUUUUAUCCCCUGCCUUUUAAUUUUACCUCUUGAACUUGCUUGUAGUGUUAUUACAUUCAUUCAAUAGAUCCAAACAGCUGGUUGUAUGGCUGUAUUUUUUGUAAGUGUGUCAUCCUGGAUAUAUGGGUUUUUAUUGUGGUCCCUGCUCUUGGGUUGUAAAAAUACCCCGAUUAAUUAUCUGCUAUGUGAUAAUCCCAUAUUGAUCCAGGCAGAGUAGAGACCACCCCAAUAAAAACACACGUAGAACCAUCAGGCAGUGCUCCAACACUCUCCUGGCAUUGAACAUAGCAGAAAUCCACAUAGGACGGGGCUUAUAAUAUCAGUAUGAGAAAAGCAAGUGACGGGAGAAUGGGGGAUGGGUCAAAGAAACUAAGUACAAAAUGUCUAUGUUCUUCAUUCUCUCUGCCUUGCUCCAAAUGUCCAUAUGAACUUCCCUUGCAGACCUCUUCCAUCUGAGGUCUGUCAUAGCUCCUUUCAGUGUUAGGUGAACAGAAUGGAACAAAGCCUAUGGAAUAAUGCACAGGAAUCACCCAUAGUUGGUCCUAAGGCACAAAUUUGUGUGAUGCUUAGUUUGUUAUAAAGAUCAUACACUUUGUAUUAGAAAGCUGUUAAACUUUAUCAUCAUGUGAUUUUAUUUCUCCUCUUAAGGCUUCUUUAUGAGUGAUAAAUCUAAAAAAAUAAAAUAAACUCUACAGCUCGUGAAAUUGGGUUUGCUCUGAUACAGGAUGAGUCUCCCAUAUACAAAAAUCUGAUAUUCUGAAAUUAAUUUUUUUUUGAGUGACUGAGAUGACACCUUUGCUUUCUGAUGUUUCAGUAUACACAAACUUUGUUUUAGUAUUGUAGAAAAUGGCCUUCAGGCUGUGUGUAUAAGGUGUAUAUGAAAGAAAUACAUUCUGUGGUUAGACUUGGGUUCCAUCCUCAAGAUAUCUCAUUAUGGUAUGCAAUAUUCCGAAAUAUGGAAAAAUCCAAAAUACAUCUGUCCAAACAUUGCGGAUUUCAGAGACUCAACCUGUAUGUCAAAUUCACACAGAAUAAGCUAUGUUGUCUGACAGGUCAUGAUCACAUCUCAAACAAAUGACACUGAGAUUGAAUGCACCUUUACAAAUACUUAAAGUAGUAAUAUUUGGUUAUCUCCAGGGCACUGCAGUUAAUUUUUAAACUGCCCCAUACAGAGAUCUUAGCGAGGAAUACAUAUGAUAUCCUGGUGGUUGGGAUGUCGACAGUCAAAGUUCUGGCUGCGGCAUCCCAGCGCUUGGAAUCCCAACGCCUAAACAGUGAGGUACCUAACCCCUAAACUCCCAUCCUUAACCCUCCUUUCCCUCAGCCUAAACCCAACCCUCCCUUCCCCGCAGCCUAACCUUAACCUUCCCCGGGGGUGUCUAACCCUCCCUCGCAGCCCAACCCUAACCCUCGCACCCCUGCAGCCUAAAACUAAUCUGCUAACCCCCCCCCCCCACCCAGCUUACCUCUCCUAAGUAAUGGCAGUCCCUCGUUCCGGAGCUGGGUGCCGUCAUUGUAAUUAAUUUUGGGAAUCCAAACGCCAGGAUCCCAUUGUAGGAACAAAGGUUUCUUUUAAAUAUGUAAAAUGGAACUUUCCCUUGCAAAUGUACAUGACAAAAUUUGCAUAUCUGUAUGAGGAGUUAUGUAACAGGAGCGACGUGGUUGUAACUUUUACUCUUAUUCAGUGAUAUUGUUUGCAGAUUUGUCUGGUUCCCACUUUAUGUUGCCCGCAUUAAAUAUUUGUGGGUGAUGGCCAUGCGAUUGCCUCUUCAAUUUGUGUAUGGAUUAGUCAGUUUUAUUUUAAGCUAUAAAACCCUUUAUUUAUAUAUAUGUUGCUAUAAAAAAACUUGUCACACAAAGUAUGUAUGUAUGUAUGUGUCUGUAUGUAUGUCUGAACGUGUGGGCAGAUUCAGGUGUGUAUGAGCAGAGUAUCAUCUGUGUAAAGCGUUGUAUACGUGUAUCUAGCUGUAUAUGUAUGUAGUUGUGUGGGUCUUGAAACAUACAAUUUAUUUGUGUGUACAGUGUACAAUAAUAUGACUAACCCCGAAAUAGAGCAAUGUAUUAGAAACUGUUCUUACCCUUCCUCGCCCCCUCUAUGAAUAACUCAUUAAAGUUGUCACACAAUA